AGUCUUUCUGUAGGACUCCAUUUUGAGUGAGAGAACAACAAGACGAUAAGGAGGAAAACUGAAGCCAGAGACGAGCUCACAGUGUUGCUGCGUUGCUUCUCAGACUGACUUCAGACCAGAAGAUGAGUGGUUGUGUGGAGAAGGAGGAGGACGGAGCAGAGUGUUCAGUAUCCAGCUGUCUGUCUAUGAAGAGUGACCGGUCCAAAAAUCCACCUUAUAACUUCAGUAACGAACCUGGACCCUCAGACACAAAAAUUCAUUACAACAGACAGGGAGCAGAGUGUUCAGUAUCCAGCUGUCUGUCUAUGAAGAGUGACCAGUCCAAAGAUCCACCUCAUAACUUCAGUAACGAACCUGGACCCUCAGACACAAAAGUGAGGAAGAGGAGCCAUAUUUCUGUGGAGGAGCAGCCGUCCCGCUGUGUUUUGUGUGACGAUGCCCUGAAGGAUCCGGUCUCUACCAACUGUAGACUCCAGUUCUGUAGACAGUGUAUCAACUCUUGCUUGGACAAGUCUGCUCCACCAGGAGACUCCUCCUGUCCCCAGUGUGGAAAAAGAUCCAGAACAAGCGCUGGAACGCAGACUGUCUGUCAGUGCAGCACUACACAAGUGAAUGUUGGUCUGCAGGAGGUUUUUGAUGAACAUAAGAUCAGUCUGAGGGGAAGAUGUGAGCGUGUGACUGAAGGAAGUGAUGAAUCAGGAAGUGGAACCCUCCUCAGCAGGAUCUACACUGAGCUCUACAUCACAGAGGGACGGAGUGAAGAGGUUGAUACCCAACAUGAGGUGAGGCAGCUAGAAACAGUGUCCAAAAAACAGACCUUCGGUGAAACUCCAAUCAGGUGCAGCGACAUCUUUAAAGCCUUACCUGACCAACAGAGACGCAUCAGAGUAGUUCUAACCAGCGGCGUCGCUGGCAUCGGAAAAACCUUCUCAGUGCAGAAGUUCACUCUGGACUGGGCAGAGGGCUCCGAAAACCAAGAUGUCAGUCUGCUGGUUCUGCUUCCGUUCAGGGAGCUGAACCUGAUCAGAGGUCGGUACAGUCUUCUCAGGCUGCUCCAUGUUUUCCAUCCAACAUUACAGAAGGUGACAGCAGAGAAGCUCGCUGUCUGUAAACUUCUCUUCAUCUUUGACGGCCUGGAUGAAAGCAGACUUCCACUGGAUUUCAAGAACCAUGAGGUCGUGUCUGAUGUCACACAGAAGUCAUCAGUCAGCGUGCUGCUGACAAACCUCAUCCAGGGGAAGCUGCUUCCCUCGGCUCUCAUCUGGAUCACUUCCCGACCUGCAGCGGCCAAUCAGAUCCCUCCUUCAUGUGUUGACAGGAUGACAGAGGUACGAGGCUUCACUGAGGUCCAGAAGGAGGAGUACUUCAGGAGGAGGUUCAGUGAUGAAGAUCUGUCCAGCAGAAUCAUCUCACACAUCAAGACCUCCAGGAGCCUCCACAUCAUGUGUCUGAUCCCAGUCUUCUGCUGGAUCACUGCUACAGUUCUGGACCACAUGUUGACUACAGACCAGAGAGGAGAGCUGCCCAAGACCCUGACUGACAUGUACUCACGCUUCCUGCUGGUUCAGACAAAAAAGAAGAAGCAGAAGUACGACGAGGGAGAUGAGACGAGUCCACAGGAGCUGGCGGAGGCUGACAGGGAAGUUCUUCUGAAGCUGGGGAGGCUGGCGUUUGAACAUCUGUCGACAGGAAACAUCAUGUUCUACCAAGAAGACCUGGAGCGCUGUGGUCUUAAUGUCACAGAGGCCUCAGUGUACUCAGGAGUUUGUACAGAGAUCUUCAGAAGAGAGAGCGUAAUCUUCCAGCAAACAGUCUACUGCUUCGUUCAUCUCAGUGUUCAGGAGUUUCUGGCUGCAAUCUACAUGUUCCACUGUUACACCUACAGGAAAAAAGAUGAACUGGACAACUUCCUGGGAGACGGGAGGCUCAAACCAACAUCACAACUCUUAUCCCAGAAUGUCUUUACUAUGAUGGAAAUGGGUAACAGACACCAAUUCCAGGAAGGUUUACCUUGGAUGGCAAUGGAUCACAAAGACCUAUCCCUGGAUGACUUUCCUGAAAGUGCAAUGGAUAACAGAGACCCAUCCCUGGAUGACUUUCCUGAGAGUGCAAUGAAUAACAGAGACCUAUCCCUGGAUGACUUUCCUGAGAGUGCAAUGGAUAACAAAGACCCAUCCCUGGAUGACUUUCCUGAGAGUGCAAUGGAUAACAGAUACCCGUCCCUGAAUGACUUUCUUGGGAGUGCAAUGUAUAACAGAGACCCAUCCCUGAAUGACUUUCUUGGGAGUGCAAUGUAUAACAGAGACCCAUCCCUGGAUUACUUUCUCAUAAAUGCCAUGGAGAAAUCCCUUGAAAGUGAAAAUGGACACCUGGACCUGUUCGUCCGCUUCCUUCAUGGCCUCUCUCUGGAGUACAACCAGAGACUUUUAGGAGGCCUGCUGAGUUGGACAGACAACAAUCCAGAAACCAUCAACAGAGUCAUUGACAACCUGAAGAAGAUGAACACAGAUGAUAUCUCUCCUGACAGAAGCAUCAACAUCUUCCACUGUCUGAUGGAGAUGAAUGACCGCUCAGUUCAUCAGGAGAUCCAAGAGCUCCUGAAGUCAGAGAACAUAUCAAAGAAGAAACUCUCUGUGAUCCACUGCUCAGCUCUGGCCUACAUGCUGCAGAUGUCAGAGGAGGCUCUGGAUGAGCUGGACCUGCAGAAAUACAACACAUCAGACCAGGGACGACAGAGACUGAUUCCAGCUGUGAGGAACUGCAGAAAGGCUCGACUUACUAACUGUGGACUCUCAGAGACUCACUGUGAAGUUGUGGCCUCAGCUCUGAAGUCCAGCCCCUCUCAUCUGACAGAGUUGGACCUGAGCCUUAACAACCUGAAGGAUUCAGGAGUGAAACUACUGUGUGGUGGUUUGGAGAGUUCACACUGCAGGCUGGAGACACUGAGUUUGUGGAACUGCAGUUUGUCAGAGAUCAGCUGUGCUUCUUUGGCCUCAGCGCUGAAGUCCAACCCCUCCCAUCUGAGAGAGCUGGAUCUGAGGACAAACACAUUGCACGGUUCAGGAGUGAAGCUGCUGUGUGAUUUUCUGCAGAGUUCACAAUGUAGACUGGAGACUCUAAGAUUAAGUUACUGCAGUUUGUCAGAGAUCAGCUGGGUUUCUCUGGCCUCAGCUCUGAAGUCCAACCCCUCCCAUCUUAGAAAGCUGGAGCUGAGUCACAACAAGCUGCAGGAUUCAGGAGUGAAGCUGCUGUGUGAUUUUCUGCAGAGUCCACGCUGUAGACUGGAGACUCUGAGAUUGUGGAACUGCAGUUUGUCGGAGAUCAGCUGUGCUUCUUUGGCCUCAGCUCUGAAGUCCAACCCCUCCCAUCUGAGAGAGCUGGAUCUGAAUGAAAACAAGCUGCAGGAUUCAGGAGUGAAGCUGCUGUGUGAUUUUCUGCAAAAUCCUCACUGUAGACUUGAGACUCUGAGAUUGAGGGACUGCAGUUUGUCAGAGAUCAGCUUUGAUUCUCUGCUCUCAGCUCUGAAAUCCAACCCCCCCCAUCUGAGAGAGCUGGCUCUGAAUGAAAACAAGCUGCAGGAUUCAGGAGCAAAGCUGCUGUGUAUCCUCGGUCAAGUCCAUACUGUAAACCGGAAACUGUGAGCUGGUCGUGAUGCCAGAGUGGGAGUGAUGAGAGAAGUGGUGGUGUUGAAGGGAUCAGCUCUGUCCUGAUGAUCCAGAGAGGAAGAAGCAGCAGCAGCUGGUGGGUGGAGAGGAGAGCUUCAUCCAGCAGUGACUGAGUGAGGAAUCACAACAAGUACAUAUGACACCAGUCUGAACUGCUCUGGGAUCAGCUCCAUUGUCACACACAAUGUCAAGUCCAACAUCCAUCUCCAAGUAUUGGGGCCCCGGGUUCCUAGUUCUACUAACUGCCCUCCCUACUGCACCUCUGGAUUUGACAAGAAAAGAAACAAAUGCAACACUACGUUCAUCCAGUAAAAACACAAUAACACUAAAGUCUCACCUCCUAUAUCCCAGCAUUUAUAAACUAUUUGUACAUUACGGUUAAACUUCAGAACCUUUUUGUCACUUGUGUAGCUUGUUGUUCUACUUGAGGGGACACAAAAUGCUCAGUAAUGAUAAUCAUGAGUUAAUGAUGCAUCAGAUCACUAAAUGAGCUGAAUGUUUGUCUGUUUAUGGAAGAUCUUUUUCUUUGACUGUCUUUACAUUGCAGGUGUCUUGUUUUGACAUACAGUGGAUUUGCUCCACAUGUUGAUCAUAUACCAAGUUUUAAAUCCAAAGUUUUAAGAAGUGAAAACAUUUUGAUAGUCACAUUUCCUGCAGUGUCAGUGAAUUCCAGUUAAAUGUGGGACCCUGUUCAUUUCACAUUACAUGAUCAGCACAGAUACAUGAAGUCAACCUGUGCAGCUUUUCCUUCUGUGAAGUCAGUAGCUGUUUUUAGACAGGGCAGCAAGCCGCCAAUUUGCCUGUCCUUUUGCUGGCUAGGUCCGCGGUUUUAGACAGAGGCCGUCAAAUCGGGGGUCUGCUAUCUAAAUCCGAGGUGUCAAUGUGUCACCCUUACCUUGGAGUAAAUGUGCCGUCUUUCCUACCAAAAAAGAGACAGUGUUGAAGCCAUUGUUAUCACCUCCGUUUGUGUUUGUAGCUCCUGCUGGAGCUGCACUCGGCCAGCAGAUGUCACCGUUUACAUUGUUGCCUCUCAAAAUGUUUUCACUGAACUGAUAUGAAUAUUUGUUUCUGACUGACCAAAGGCUAAAAGUGAUGUUAUGUCAUAUAGACACAUUUUGAUCAUUGACUUAAUGUAGCAACAUAAUCAUUUAAUGUAUGCAUAGUUACGUGAAGAGAGCUAACUACGUGUAUUAAUGAUAAAACCUACCCACAGUUAAAGUCAACAAAUUACCUGGAAUGUCACAUAAAAGUCAAACGAGACAUUAAAUGUUGUAAUCACUGACAUUUGACAGAGCAGGUCGACUAGUGAUUGGAAGGUCGAUGGUUCAAAUCCCGUCUCCGGGCUGAGCUGCAUGUCGAGGUGUUCUUGAGUGAGAUACUGAACCUUGCCUUUGCCCUGAGUCAAGGCUGGGAUUGGCUCCAGCAGCAACACCCCGCGGUUACGGACAAUGACAUGACAUGACUAAAGCCAACUUUGAUUAUUGUGUGCAGAAACCGCUCAGCGUUCAACAGAUGUUAUUAAAUAUAUCAGGAACUCUGCACACUGCACAUUUGCAUAGGCACAUUUAUUAUAUAUUGCACAUCUCAUGUACACACAAAGCCAGUUACUGUAUAUAGUAUUAGUAUUAGUAUUAUCUUUAUUCUAAUAGAAUACAAUAAAUUGUUAUUUCAUUCUUCCCAA